CCAUUCUACUCUAGCUAGACGUUUCUCUUUUGCAGGUUGUUCGUAAGGGCAAGCAGUAGUUCUCUUUCGUAGAGUCUUUAAAGUUAAUAUUUUUUAGUUAAAUCUUUAUCCAUAAAUUUAAAAUGCCUCCAAAGUUCGAUCCCAGUGAAGUAAAAAUUGUUUACCUGAGGUGUGUUGGAGGUGAAGUCGGAGCUACUUCCUCCUUAGCUCCUAAGAUCGGUCCAUUGGGUUUGUCACCCAAGAAGGUGGGAGAUGACAUUGCCAAAGCCACAUCGGACUGGAAGGGGUUGAAAAUCACAGUUCAACUGACCAUCCAGAACAGACAGGCCACCAUCUCUGUCGUCCCUUCUGCCGCCUCUCUUGUCAUCAAAGCUCUCAAAGAACCCCCUCGUGAUAGGAAGAAGGUCAAAAAUGUAAAACACAGUGGAAACUUAGCGUUUGAGGAGAUUAUCAACAUUGCCAGAGUGAUGAGGCCGAGGUCCAUGUCCCGCAAGAUGGAGGGAACAGUGAAAGAGAUUCUAGGAACAUGUCAGUCUGUCGGUUGCACAGUGGAAGGCAAGCCUCCUCAUGACCUCAUCGAUCAGAUUAAUGACCACGAGCUCGAAGUUCCAGAAGAGUAACUGAAGUUUACUGCUGUUGAAUAAACAAUUUUUAACUAAC